AUGUGGCUGACCUCGGGCGCGUCCAAGCGCUCACGUAACUCGCCGCGUUCAAAGUCCCCCCAAUCCAACACACCUCGCGCAGAAUCGCCUUCUGCCAUCCUGACAGAGACGCUCCGCAGAAACCCGUUUCGUUCCAGGAAGGAUGUCGAGUCAAAAGAGGAUGCAAGAACAAGGUCGAUGAACAAGGAUCUCCACAUCCUGGCAGGUUUCUUUCCCGACGUUCAGAUCGAGGUCAUACGCGAACUGCUGAAUCGCUUCGAUGGCGACAGCCGCCUGCAGAUAUGUACAGAACAGCUCUACCGUUUCAAAGGCGAAUGGGCCGCCGGGAGACAGCAAAAUCCGCCGCGAACUCCUGGAGCAGACAUUCCCGCAGACCAACUUUUCCGCGCCCAAGCAUAUAUUGAUGCGACAACCAGAAUUCUGACCCUCGAGUUUCGCUCCUCCAGCAAGGGCUCCAUCAGCGCCGUCCUUGCUGAAGUCAACAAUUCAUACUCCAAGGCACGCCCCAUCCUCUUCAACAUCGCCAACAAGACGAAAUGGGCUAUGUUCACACAGGCAAUUGGUUGGAAGCGGAAGCGGACCGUUGAAGAUGCGCCAUCCGUUCUCUUCGAGAAGACGCAUCCAGAGAGUGGUCCACCACAGUUAAACCUCUCUGGCAACGCGGCUCUGGAUGCAGAGCUCGAAGAAUUGUUCGUCAAACCAGCUCUCCGGCAAAAGGCAGAUGAACAGGAGAUUCAGGAUCGUGGCUUGGCUGAGAGACUGAAUGAAACCGAGGCGACUGCUGCCGAAGCGCUGUUCGAAUGCGAGGUAUGCUACAACGAUGUCCCCUUUGAAAAUGUCAGUACGUGCACUACGGCCGAGCACAAUGUGUGUCUGGAUUGUGUGCGGCGGACUCUCCACGAAGCCAUCUAUGGUCAGGGUUGGCACCAGUCUGUGUCGGUCGAGCACGGCACGCUAAAAUGUCUCUCGACAUCUGACUGUGACGGGCGUAUACCUGCGUUCCUGGUCCAACGAGCCAUUCUGCCACAACCUUCCGGACCUAACACCUGGGCCACCUUCGAGGCGCGCUUGUUCGAGGCCAGCGUUCAGACCACAGACAUGAGUCUUGUCAGAUGCCCAUUCUGUUCCUAUGCCGAAGCCGAGAAGCCGCUCACACAUGUCACGGCACGAUCUUUUCGAUGGUCACUUCGUCGACCGGCUCUUCCGGCCAUUACGCUUAUCCUUCUUAUGGAGCUCAUUCCCGCCAUUUUGUUCUUGCUGGCACCGCUGUUGCUCUUCUUUCCAAACUAUUUCAGACGACUUUUCUAUACCGCCGUUGCACAUAUCGCGCAUCGUAAUCGUCGCACCAGAUUCACAUGCCUGAACGAUUCCUGCGGCCGAUCAUCCUGCCUCGUUUGUUUCAAGGCGUGGCACGAUCCCCAUAUCUGCCACGAGCCACUGAUAGUAUCACUGCGGACGAGUGUCGAGGCUGCUAGAACAGCGGCUGUAAAACGAGUGUGUCCUCGCUGCGGUACGGCCUUUGUCAAAUCAAGCGGUUGCAACAAGCUCACCUGCGUUUGCGGUUACUCCAUGUGCUACUUGUGUCGAGCCAACAUUGGCAAGGCCGGGGCGGCAGGGAAUGCAGAGGGAGCCGAGGGCUAUCGGCACUUUUGCGAGCACUUCCGACCUAACGCUGGCAGGAAGUGCACUGAAUGUGACAAAUGCGAUCUGUAUAGAGAAGAAGAUGAGGACGAAGCGGUGCGAAGAGCUGGGGAGCUUGCCGAACAAGAGUGGCGCGAACGCGAGGGUAUGGUUGGUGUCAAGGGGCUCGAGGGUGCGGUCGGCAACUUGGGUGGUCCCGACAGCUGGUGGACGCGAUUUCUUCGAAGCGACUGGACCAUACAAGACCUCGCGAACUCCUCGAUAGCACUGUUGGUGACAGUAGAGGAAGUUUGA